UAUUGUUCUAGAUGUUACUUUCCCAACAAUGUUGAUAAGAAAAUCAGUAUUUAAGAACUUGUAACGAUGUGUAUGCAAUUUGAAGCAAAUAUAAAAGGUGUAUUUUGAAGAUGAAUGUUGUAGGCAAACUUUUUGUUAUAGUGUUAAUCGCCGGAGCAGUGUCAGCCAAUCCGCUAAAGGAAAAAGAAGCAAAAAGAUUUCUGGUGAGCAAAUUAACAAAGGAAGGAUUAGAACUGCUGGCAAGGAAACUAACAUCAAACAGACAAGUCAUACGCAAGGCAGAACAGUUACUGAAGGACUACUCUGGUCAUACAUUUCACCUCGAUGAGUUCAUAGAUGUUAUUGAUAACGUUGUUGGCCGAAUGGACGCUCUAGACAAACUUGCUAGUAGUUACUUUGUCGAUGCUGCUGUUCAGCUGGGAUUAUCAAGAAGUGAUAAAAGUCAUGACAAUCUGACCUUGUAUGACAGGGAGAUGCAUGAUGAUAGAUUUAUGCCGAGUCAUGUCAAAAGUAUACGACCAACUUGA